CUACGGGCGCGUACUUGGUGUAUACCGCAGUGCAACGAAGAGCAUGCAGAUCAGUAAAAUACGGAGCGUCUAUACUCUAGGGGUGAGAGAAAUCCGAUCCAUUGUGACGUUCCAUCAUGAGUUCUUCAGCUGGCAAGUGGGAACUAGAGUGGUCCCCCUCAGAUCCGGAUGUCUUUCUGGCAUUUAGUUCAGAUCGUUACGAUUUAAAUCUGUAUGCAGUGGAAUCUGAAAUACCAUCAUCAGGAGCUCAGUGUCAACAAAUCAGUCAAGACAGUCACUUUUAUGCAAGAUUACAAGCCUCUAAGGCAGACUUACAUGUCAGGUCUAAAGGAGACCUACAGCUUAUAAGGUGUUUUGCAUGGUACCCCAAGCAGUCAUCUGAUGAUGUUAUUGCAUUGGGUCUGUCAAGUGGCAAAGUCAUUCUGUCAGGCUUCUGUGUAGAUUCCAGUGUGACUCAGGCUGGGUUAGUAGGAAAGGAAUUUCCUCUCAAACACACUAAGAUGUGCACCUGUCUGGCUUGGAAUACAGUAGAAUCUAAAUGGCUAGCUGCUGGUUUUGACAGAUAUCGAACUGAUUACUGCAUGGCAGUGUAUGAUGUUAAUAGCCAAACAAAUGUAACAGAAUUGAAUGUGACCCCAGAGAAGUCACGAUAUGUAAGCUCUCAUAAUGCUCCACAGUCAGGGUUUCGACCUGUUACAGAAAUGGUCCAGGCAGAGGUACUGAAUUCCAUGGCAUGGCUUCCCCAUCAACCACACUGCAUUGUUGCGGGGGUUGCUAAUAAGAACCUUCGGAUCUUUGAUGUCAGAGAUACAGCAGGGUAUAAGAUUGCUACAGCUACCAAGUCAGUCUAUGGUGUAUCUGCAGACCCUCAGGUGGAUUAUCGGCUAUCUUCUUACCAUGAAGGACAGGUCAAUAUUUGGGACCAUAGACACUUUGAUAAACCAGUGUUAACCAUCAACGAAGCCCGUCAAAUUAACAAACUGGCUUGGAGUCCAUCUCGCUAUGGCCUGCUAGCCUCACUGUCAAGGGAUAGUUCGGUGGUGAAGCUAUACAAUGUGCAGCAUGUUUGUAGCGAGGUGGAAUACACUGAACGCCUCCUUCAACCUGUUGGAGGCGCACAAGUGUCCACCUUUGCUUGGCAUCCUACUUGUGAGAAUCGUAUCCUAACCAUCACACAUUCUGGGGUAUUCAGAGAUGUUGCCAUUCAUGAUCCUGUAUCCCUGACACUAUCACCCCAGUCUACCUGCAUGUUGGCAUCUGGUAAGAACCUGCUUCUCGUCACUGCAGCAGAUAAUCAUCAAGUUCAAGAUAUCUCUGUUCAGAUGAAACAAAGAGCCAUCAAUGGUUAUGGCUUGCAGAACUUGUUAAGUCAAAACAGUGAUCUCCUUGGGGAUUCCGUGGAAGAAGUUAAUCUGAAGAAAUUUUGGACAUGGCUUGAUCGGUUUCUGUCUCUACACAAAGAAGACAAGGUGACUGCAUCAGUGAAAGGAGGUGCAAGAUACUGUGGAGUCAAGUCACUCCUCAAAAGUGAGUCUGGAUUGAAGAGUUGUGUGGAUGCAGUGGACUGGAAAGGAGUGGACUGGUACUCAGAGUCUAAUGUCUUCAGAAGUCCUGAGAGGUCUGCUGCCCUUAUGUUGUGUGGCUGGGAGUUUGAUCAUGAUGAAGUUGCAUUUAGCACAUUUAUCAACAGGUUGGUUGAAAAAAGUGAGUAUGAAAGAGCUGCAGCCAUUUGUGUAUUUCAGCUGAGAUUACGACAGGCAAUUGAUGUGCUCAACAGAGCAACAACAGAUGCUGCUCAGAAUGAUAAUUCAAGUCUGCAUGGCAUGGCAAUGGCAUUGUCUGGAUUCACCCAGCAACGUAAUACUUUAUGGUGUGAGAUGUGUAGUACACUCAGGGAGAAGCUCAAGCAUCCAUACUUACGUGCAAUGUUUGGCUUCUUGACGGCUUUUGAUGACACGUUUGAUGUGGUUUUGAAAGAGCCAGGCUUGAAUAUGGAGGACCGUGUCGCCUUUGCCUGCUUGUUUCUCAAUGAUCAGCAGCUGCCAGUAUUCAUUGAGGAAUUGACAAACAUUACUGUGCAAGAUGGCAAGCUAGAAGGCAUGCUACUAGCUGGGUUGAAUAAAGACUGUGUGGAGCUGUUACAGUCUUAUGUGGACAGGACUGCAGAUAUUCAGACAGCUAGUUUAGUUGCUGUACUUGCACUUCCUCCAGAGCUGUGUAAAGAUAAACGAGUCACUCACUGGGUCGAGAGCUACCGUGGUUUAUUGGAUACAUGGAGGCUGUGGCAUCAAAGGGCACGUUUUGAUGUUUACUACCACCAUGACCAUCAGGGCAAUGUGAAGGUCCCUUCCCCACAGCAAGUCUUUGUCAACUGUCAUUUCUGUCAAAGUGCCAUAUCUCCCACUGUUUUAGCUCAACGGUCUUUGCAUACAAUACUUCCCCAUUUACGAGGACCUAUGCACCAGAGAGUCAAGGCAUCAACAUGCUACAAGUGUAGAAAGCCAUUGCCUCGCUGUGCUUUGUGCUUAAUGAAUAUGGGUACCCUCUCAGGAUUAAAGUCCAUUCAACCACAAGACAAGCAUUCUUCAAAGACAGACCAGCAGUCAGACACAGUUGCUCAGAGUAAGCAGACGGACUUCAGCCAGUGGUUUACAUGGUGUCAGUCUUGUCGUCAUGGAGGUCAUGCUUGCCAUCUUACAGAAUGGUUCAAAGAGCAUACAGAGUGUCCAGUAACAGGCUGCACAUGUCGAUGUAUGUUGAUGGAUUCCGCAGGCACAAUUUUCUCUGCAACAGCAAGCACUACAUAAAAACAGCUUCACAAUACAUGUACAGUACAUCCCACCUUAUAACCUCAACCUGAAACAAAGGGUUAAUUUGACCAAGUUGCUUACAUGUAAUACAAUUGUGUUUCUCAUAAAGUCGGACCAAAAAUGCUUUCAAAAGAUACCAUGAUGGCUUCCUUCAGUCAUGCUUCACCGAGCACUAUUGUUUGAACAAUUGUCAAAACUCAUUUGUGCUAUUUCAAGGCAUUCUGAUUACAUUCAAAUGGGGCUUGAUAGAAUUUUAAUGUUUUUAAUGUUUAAUGUCAACAUUCAUUUGUGUGAAGUGUAUAAAGGUUUGCUUAUUGUCAUGAUUGUCUUGCUUGGUCUGGAAAACACUGUUUCUGAUAGUCUGCUGAGGACACAUUAUGUAAUAGAUAUUUAUUUUGGGGGCAGUAAGCUGGUGCAGGGGUAAAACCUAUUCACAGUUGACACCACUUAGCCACAUGUUUAACAACAGUUAGCGACAUGGUUCAGCUUCAUCCAAAGAGUGUUAUUCGUAACUAAAUAUGUCUAUCAUCUUCUUGUAUUUCAAAAGGUUAAAUUUUCCUUUAGCCUUGUUGGAUGUGAUCUUAAUGUUUUGCAAUUGACCCAAAGUGUCACAGAUGAAUUUUGAAAUUACAUCUUUAUACAUGUACAUGUAACAACGAUGCCUACUGAAACAUGACUGCAGGAAUUACUAUCAGAACAAUGUAUCAUUUGAAAGCAUUUUACUCCCACCAUACAGCAAACACAUACAGUCACACAGCUCACAACUUGGCCAGAUUAACCCUUUAUUUUGGGACUCAUUUUUUUCUGCAAGCAGGUAGCAAGACAAUGAGUGCUUACCCGGUUUAUUCCACAUUUUCCAAAAAGAUAUUGUAGGGUACAAAACAUCUAUGUGUACCGUAAAACCUGCAAAUGAUUGGUAUACAUUGUAUUUUGUGUGCUGAUAUCAACAUCUGCAUUCUAGCAGCCUGAAGGGUGAAAUUGGGUUGGAAAUGAGAAAUCUCUUACAAUUUACCUUCCGUUCUGAUUUGAGGCAUGCUGUCACACCCUACACCAUUGCAUGCCCAAAACCUAUAUUGGAUAAUCAUACUUCACGGAAACUUCAGAAAUGACAAAAAUCAAAUGUGCUUACUAUUAAUUCUCCCAGUGAUAUAGCCUUUGCUGGCAAAACAUACCAUGCAAAUGCAAAUAUAGUAACUUAUAGGUUUGCUUUAAUUAUGUUUUUAUAGUAGCACUAGCAAAGGCAAAUCCAGAGAAAAAUGUGCAGCAUGUGUCAGUACCACCUUGGGUCACAAAUUUGAAAGAAGAGAAAAUCGCAUCCCUUGAAGAAUCCAGUGGUGCGCUUUUCCACAUGCCUGAUUUCAGAAUCGGGACUGUUUGUUCUGAAAGUGGAUGUAACACCCUGCACAAUGCCUCAUGUGACCACAAUAAAUGUCUACAUUUGCCCUCUGAACCAGGGAGAUCAGGCAAGUUUAGUUCAGGAUUGCAGUUACAUGUACACGUAAGCUUUGUUUUAGACUCAUCAGAGUACGGUAUCAGAUGGAUGUAAAUGAAUUGCUUCUUUAAACAUGGAAAAUUUCCAAGAUACACAGUAUAUCAGUUUUUAGAUUUUGUUAUUUUGAUUCUUCAGAUCACUCAAAUUGAAUGAUUUGCAUUGUAAUACUUCAUUCAAAUACAUGUAUACACGCAACACAGAAAACAGUGCUUCAGAAAGAUGUAAGAUACUGGGUUAUAUGUCUAGUAUUUGCAUUAGUCUUGGGCAAUUUGAAUCAUUGUUACAAACUGCUAUUAUUCUACGCUGUACAACAUGAGAAAUGUGGCCUUCUGGCAUAAUUGAAGUUCGCCUGUUUUCAAAAAGUAAAUAUUCAUUUUACUCGAAUGACGGAAAAAACACGCACACAAACCAGAAUAUUCAUCAGUUUUACUUUUGUAUUAAUGUAUCAUUUCAGCUUGCUUUGUCUUCACUUUUGCUUAUCUUUAAAGUUUUAAACUUAAAAUCUGACAAAUGGUGAAGCUAUUGAGACAUUCAACAUAGGGUUUAUACAUGU